AUGCCCGGCGCAGAUAAGAAGCCGAAAACCCUGUACGAUAAGGUCUUUGAGGACCACAUCGUCCACGAGCAGGACGAUGGCACCAUUCUGCUGUACAUUGACAGACAUCUGGUCCACGAAGUCACGUCUCCGCAAGCCUUUGAGGGUUUAAAAAAUGCAGGCCGAAAAGUCCGCCGGCCGGACUGCACUCUGGCGACGGUCGACCACAACGUCCCGACCACCCCCCGGAAAAACUUCAAAAAUGUCGAAGAGUUCAUCAAAGAGGACGACUCCCGUCUGCAAUGCAUGACGCUCGAGGAGAACGUUAAAGAGUUCGGCCUGACUUACUUUGGCCUGGGCGAUAAGCGUCAGGGCAUUGUCCAUGUCAUCGGCCCCGAGCAGGGCUUCACCCUCCCCGGCACCACCGUCGUCUGCGGUGACAGCCACACGUCGACUCACGGUGCCUUCGGUGCGCUCGCCUUCGGUAUCGGAACCAGCGAGGUCGAGCACGUCCUGGCCACCCAGACCCUCCUGACCAAGCGGAGCAAGAACAUGCGCAUCCAGGUCGAUGGUGAGCUCCACCCCGGCGUCACCAGCAAGGACGUGAUCCUCCACAUCAUUGGUGUCAUUGGCACCGCCGGUGGUACCGGUUGCGUCAUCGAAUACUGCGGGUCCGUCAUCCGCGGUCUGAGCAUGGAGGCCCGCAUGUCCAUGUGCAACAUGUCCAUCGAGGCCGGUGCCCGUGCCGGAAUGGUCGCCCCGGACGAGACCACCUUCGAAUACCUCAAGGGCCGUCCCUUGGCCCCCAAGUACGACAGCCCUGAGUGGAAGAAGGCCGUCAAGUACUGGUCCAGCCUCCGUUCCGACGAGGGUGCCAAAUACGACAUCGAGGUCUUCAUCGACGCCAAGGACAUCGUCCCGACCGUGUCGUGGGGUACUUCGCCCCAGGACGUCCUCCCCAUCACCGGCGUCGUCCCGGCCCCCGAGGACUUCAAGGAUGAGAACCGCAAGGCGAGCUGCAAGCGCGCCCUCGAGUACAUGGGUCUCACCCCAGGGACGCGCUUGCAGGACAUCGAAGUCGACAAGGUCUUUAUCGGUUCGUGCACCAACUCCCGGAUCGAAGACUUGCGGGCGGCCGCCAAGAUCGUCGAGGGCCGCAAGGUGGCUCCCAACAUCAAGCGCGCCAUGAUCGUCCCGGGCUCGGGUCUUGUGAAGAAGCAGGCCGAGGCCGAAGGCCUGGACAAGAUCUUCAUCGACGCCGGCUUCGAGUGGCGCGAGGCCGGCUGCUCCAUGUGUCUGGGCAUGAACCCGGAUAUCCUGUCGCCGCGGGAGCGCUGUGCCAGCACGUCGAACCGCAACUUCGAGGGUCGCCAGGGCGCGCUUGGCCGCACGCAUCUGAUGUCUCCGGUCAUGGCUGCCGCGGCGGCCGUCGUGGGCAAACUGGCCGACGUCCGCGAGUUGACCUCGGCAACGCCCUCCACCCACAAAGCGUCCGCCAAAGUCGACAUCCAGCCCGAGGUGGACGACAUCGACACGGAGGACGACCUCGAGCGGAUCCUGGACCUGCCCGAAGACAACGAGCCGCACGCCAACACGUCUGCGCAGGCGUCCAGCGCGGGCCUGCCCAAGUUCACCACGCUCAAGGGCAUUGCCGCGCCGCUGGACCGCGCCAACGUCGACACGGACGCGAUCAUCCCGAAGCAGUUCCUGAAGACGAUCAAGCGGACGGGUCUGGGCAGCGCGCUGUUCUACGAGCUGCGGUACAACCCGGAGGAUGGGGCCGAGAGACCAGACUUUGUGCUGAAUCAGGGCGUGUACCGGCAGGCGAAGAUCCUGGUGGUGACGGGGCCGAACUUUGGGUGCGGCAGCUCACGGGAGCACGCGCCAUGGGCGCUGCUCGACUUUGGCAUCAAGUGCGUGAUCGCGCCGUCGUUCGCGGACAUCUUCUUCAACAACAUGUUCAAGAACGGCAUGCUGCCGAUCCCGAUCAGCGACGAGGCGGCGCUGCAGCGGAUCGCGGCCGAGGCGCGCGCCGGCCACGAGAUCGAGGUCGACCUCGUCAACCAGGUCAUCCGCGACGCGCAGGGCAACACGCUCGCACCCUUCGAAGUCGACUCCUUCCGCAAGCACUGCCUGGUCAACGGGCUGGACGACAUCGGUCUGACGCUGCAGCUGGAGGACAAGAUCCGCAAGUUCGAGACCAAGCGCACGCUCGAGACGCCCUGGCUGGACGGCAACGGGUAUCUGAAGCGAGGGCGUCGGGGACCGACGAUGGUCGAAGCCGCGCCUGUUCCGAAGACGAAUCGGGGAGAUGUUAAGAGUGAGCCGUUGGAGUGGUGA